AAAUCAAUCUUGACUCACCGCUGAGCAAACGCAGUCACGUCCCACAUUAAAAAACCAGAAAAGAAUCAAUUUCGUGUCUACACAAACCGUACACAUAUAUACAUAUAUACAGACACCAUGGCUGCAGCUUCAGCAGCCCCACUUGCCAUUAGCGGAGUUGUGAAAAUGGGCACCCUACCACAGGCAUAUUUGGAAAGCCAGAAAGUCAAAGAAACUAAAGCCCUUAUUUCGGAGCUGUGCCGCCAGUUCUACCACCUGGGUUGGGUUUCUGGGACUGGUGGCAGCAUCACAAUCAAAGUCCAUGAUGACUCAAUUCCUAAAUCCCAACAGCUUAUUGUCAUGUCCCCCUCAGGUGUGCAGAAGGAAAGAAUGGUGGAUGAGGAUAUGUAUGUGUUGUCACCAAAUGGAUCAAUCUUGUCUGAACCAUUGGCGAAGCCAUGGCCCCAUAAAGCUCCCAAAUGUUCUGAUUGCGCUCCCCUGUUCAUGAGGGCAUAUGAGAUGCGUAAUGCUGGUGCUGUCAUCCACAGUCAUGGAAUGGAAUCUUGCCUCGUAACAAUGAUCAACCCAUUAUUAAAAGAAUUUCGGAUUACUCAUAUGGAAAUGAUCAAAGGAAUUCAAGGGCAUGGAUAUUAUGAUGAACUUGUCGUCCCAAUUAUAGAGAAUACUGCCCAUGAGAGAGAGCUCACAGAAUCUCUCGCCGAAGCAAUUAAAGCAUACCCCAAAGCUACAGCUGUGCUUGUCCGGAACCAUGGAGUAUACAUAUGGGGUGAUUCUUGGAUUAGUGCAAAAACCCAGGCUGAAUGUUACCACUAUCUCUUUGAUGCUGCAAUUAAACUCCAUCAAUUAGGAUUGGACUGUUCAACUCCUUCUCAUGGUCCCAUUCAUAGUCCCAAUGGAAUUUUAGGCUCGAAUGGAAAAGUUUCUGCAAAGGCAGGGAUUCUUUCUUCAAAUAAUAGCAUUGAGCCAUCAAGACGCUGCAUUAUACUGGAUAUUGAAGGAACCACCACUCCUAUAUCGUUUGUUACAGAUGUGCUCUUUCCGUAUGCACGUGAGAAUGUGGGGAAGCAUCUAGAACUGACAUAUGAAGAGGCAGAAACUCAAGAUGAUAUCAAGUUACUCAAAGCUCAGGUCCUAGAAGAUCUAGAAAAUGGUAUUGCUGGUGCGGUUCCCAUCCCCUCUGAUGGAGGGAAAGAGGAGGUGAUUGCAGCUUUGGUUGCUAAUGUGGAGGCAAUGAUUAAAGCUGACCGUAAAAUUACUUCCUUGAAGCAAUUACAAGGUCACAUAUGGCGGACAGGAUUUCAGAGGAAUGAGAUAGAGUCACUUGUGUUUGAUGAUGUACCUGAAGCUCUGGAAAAGUGGCAUGCCUUGGGAAUCAAGGUUAUUCUUGCUUCCAACUUGUUCAUAAAGCCUGCACGUAUCUUUUUGGAAACUGUAGCUCCAUCAGUAUCAUAGUAAAUGAACCAAAAU